AUGAUCCACUUCUUACUUUUGAUCAGCCGGCAUGGAAAAAUCAGGUUAUCAAAAUUUUACACUGCUUUUCCUAUAACUCAUCUCUUGAGUGAGCAAAAAAAUUUUGCUUGUCCCACAUGGUAAUUUUUUGAAAAGUCUGGUUUUUAUUCUCAAAAAAUGGUUUAGUUUGCAUUUAGAGGUCAUAAGAGAUUUUUCCAAAGAUUUUGAUCGCUUAUAAAGGAGGGGAGUAAGAGAAAGAGAUAAAAUGCUAAAAGAAGUAUUUUAAAUUCAGAUAAAAACAACAGUCAUAGGUAGAAACAGCAAGCUUUGCAACUUUUUAGAAUGGCGUGACAUGAUCUUAGUUACCAAGAGGUAUGCAAGCUUAUAUUUUGUGGCAGCAGUCGAUAAAGAAGAUAACGAGCUCAGCAUGCUCAAUAUAAUUCAUUCAUUUGUAGAGGUCCUUGACAAAUAUUUUAACAGUGUCUGCGAGCUUGACAUUAUCUUCAAUUUCCACAAGGCAUAUUAUAUACUUGACGAAAUGAUAAUGGGAGGCUACAUAGUUGAGACCAGCAAAACCCAAAUCCAAAGAAUCAUUGCAAGCCAGGAAUCACAGUUCGAAGACAGCAAAGAAGAAGACAAAAAAGGGAAGCCGAAAAAAUAA